AUGGCGCCCUCCCUCUGGACGCGCAUGAAGCGCUCAACCUCGACCAGCCCGCCCACGUCCAUCCGCGACAAGAUGGCCCCCGGCAUCACCACCAUCUCAGACUCCGAGUCCCGUUCGACCGGCAGCAGUCUGGAAACCACGCCCAGCGUGCCCUACACCCGAGAGGACGACUACUCGAGCUUCAUGACUAACCAAUCCAGCGACAACCUGGUCCGCUACGGCAUCAAGACACGCAUCAUCGAUGACCGCCCCAACCGCACCGCUGCCGGCCGUGCCGACGGCCUGCAGCCAAAGACGAUUGAGACUCUCCGCCAGAUGCGUCUUGCAGAGCCCCUGCUGCGCAAAGGCGUCAAGAUCUACGACAUUGCCUUUUGGAAGUCGACAGCCGACCGGCCACUGCACCGCUCCGGCCGCGAGAUUCACUACCCGCCAGUCGUUGACCUGACCGACCCCUACAUGCUGCUCGUCCACCAGGGCAUGGUCGAGGGCGUGCUCGAAGACGAUCUCAAGGAGAGAGGUGUCACGGUAGCCAGGAACACGGCCUUUGUCGACUUCAAGUACACGCCCAUGGCCAUCCGUCCGCUUACAGUCAGCUGCCAGCAGGACGUCGGCCGUGCCCCCAAGACCUUCAACACACGAUACAUUGUCGGCUGCGAUGGUGCCCAUUCAAAAGUCCGCAAGUGCAUACAGGGCGCCAGCCUAGUAGGCUCGUCGACCGACGCUGUCUGGGGCGUCAUAGACGGUGUGCUCGAGACCGACUUUCCCGACAUUUGGAGCAAGGUCGUCAUCCAGUCAGAUGCACUCGGCUCAGUGCUCCUCAUUCCCCGCGAGAGGGGUCUGACUCGUCUCUACAUUGAGCUGCGUCCCGACUCCACAGAAGUUGUUGGGCCCCAACAAGCCACUCAGGAAUUCGUGCAGAAGCGGGCGCAGGCCAUACUGCAGCCAUACAGGCUCGAGUGGAGAAAUGUCGAGUGGUUCGGCCGCUACAAGAUUGGACAGCGCGUUGCAGCCCGCUUUGCCGACGACGACCAGCUGGUCUUCAUUGCUGGCGACGCUAGCCACACCCACUCUCCCAAAGCAGCUCAAGGAAUGAACACGUCAAUGCACGACGCCUGGAACCUGGCCUGGAAACUAAACUUUGCCACUCGCGGUCUCGCUAAACCUUCGCUACUCCAGUCGUACGAGCAGGAACGACAAAAAAUUGCCAAGGACCUAAUUGACUUUGACUACGAGCACGCCAAUGCCUUCCACAAGGGCGAUCCCGCAGCCCUCGCCGCAAACUUUGCCAAGAACGUGGCUUUCAUCUCAGGCUGCGGUGUCAACUACGAUGCAAACGUGCUAAAUGUAAAAUCAAAAGGCUCUCACCGGGGCCACCUCAAGCCCGGCUAUCUACUUCCGCCCGCAAAAGUAACCCGCUACAUCGACGCCAACCCCGUCGAUAUCCAAACCGACAUCCCCGCCCUAGGCCAAUUCCGCAUCUACUUCUUUACCCACAAUAUCCGCGCCUCCAUGCCCUUUUUAGAAGCAGUCUGCCACGCCCACCUCGGCCACAGCUCCUACGUCGGUCGCGUCAGCGCGGCAGGAAAUGCCUCGUACACGGUCCAACCCCCACUUGCAGCCCCCCACGACGAAUUCGUGCUCCCAGAACGCUACACACCCGUCAGUGGCGUCUUCACUUAUGCUCUCGUUACCGACGAAAAUCGCGCCAAUUUCGAACUACGAGAUUUACCCAACAUGCUCCGUGAAUCAGCUUUUACCCUCUAUCUGGAUGACGUCCCGGAUAAAGAUACCCGCAAGCAGACUUGCAUGGACAAGUGGCUUGAUGGCCUCGAUAAGAACGAGGUGGUUGUCGUUAAUGUGAGGCCAGAUGGCUAUGUUGGCACGUUCCGUCGCUUUGCCGAUGGGACUCGUGAAAGCGGGUUUACGGCUGUGCAAUGGAUGGAUGAUUAUUACGAGAAGUUCAUGCAGGAUAUGUAA